CCCAACCCAGACCCAACAGCUCCCUGCAACACACAGACCCAACAGCUCUUUGAUGUCCUCUCUCUGUCUCUCUCACCUCCUCCCUCUUUACUCUCAUCUCAAUCCUUUCUCUCUCAUCUCACAUCCUCCCUCACCUCACAGUCAGGCAGAGAGUCAGGCAGUGACUUCCCUAAAUUCAUGGCACGGUCACUUCCCCAAAUCCAUGUCAUGGUCACUUCCCCUUCGGGUUUUUCUUUCAGCUCCCUUUUUUCUUUCAUUCCCCUUCGGGUUUUUCUUUCUGCCACCGCUGCCACUGCCAGGUAUUUCUCUUUCUCUCUUUGCCCCUCUACCAACCCAGCCACAACAACCCACACACAUCACUAUCUGCCUCUCUUUUCACAGGCGGCGACUAUUUUGUCGAUUACAUUUGGGUCGAUCUCUCUCCCUCUCAGACGCAAAUGAUAUGGAAAAAGAGGAUGGUGGUGCCGAUCAUGGGUUUGUCGUAAUGCACAUGAAGUGUUCGUCAAAAUGUCUACUGCCCCAAUCACCACCACCACCACCUACACCCCUUCCCCCCCACACACAUAUCUAUAACAUAUAAUGACCUACAAACAUUAUUUAAAGUAGUAAAUUUUAGAGAGGUAUGCUACUAAAUUUUUUUAAUUGGUACUGUAGCAAGUCCUAUUCAUGGUGAUCAACUUUGAUUGGUUCUGCUUGAUAUGGUAUGGUAGUCACUAUAUGCUAAGUGGUGGUAGUUUUGGCAUCAGAGUCUGCCAUGUUCUCUCUUUGGGUGCUCAAUGCUGUUGCAGGAGUUCAGACCCAUUAAAAUGCCUGCAAGUACGUUUCUUUUCUAUUUGAGUUUAUAAUUUUCUUCCUCUUUUUGCUUUUCAUCAGUUUUAUACCGAGAAUUAUCAAGUCUCUUUUUUUCCAACAUCUAUUUUUUCCUGAAUCCAUCAGCUAUUAGGGUUUGUGUAAGAAUUAUCUAUUGGGUUGUGGUCAAUUUCUGUUAUAAAGUGAUUUUUGAAGUUUAGAAAUGAUUGCCUUUGUGCAAUGCCGUCUCAUGGAUAAAACGACCAUUGUGUCGAUACCAUUGUGUAGCUUAAUUUGAUUAGGAAAUUAAGUUAUAUGCAUGCAUUCUUUUUUUUUUUUGUUU